AUGCUAAAAUCCCAACAAUUCCAGAAUCAGAUUUGCGAGCUUCCUAUAGUUCAGGGUCGCGGUCGAGCUUUGAUGCCGAUGUGGGCUUAUGACGCAGCCAAUAAGCGAUGCAUUCUUUUCCAUUACGGCGGCUCUGGUGGAAACGCGAACCGAUUCGACACCAAAGCGGCUUGCAAGAAGGCAUGCGAGCCCAACCGCCGUCGUGCUCGCGCCUCUUAG